AUGGAUAUAUCGCGGCUGCAACACGGCCUGCACCGCUCUCCCAUUGCGCAUGGAAGAGAUCCGGCUGCGCCGUCCUCCCUGACUCUCAAACCGCAUCUCGACUCGCCAACGAGCGUGUCCUCACCUGGCUCUCUGACACAUGGGCACACUCAAACAUAUCCUCGCCAUCCGGCUCCUCAUGGUCAUGCCCACGGCCAUAGUCACAAUCACAGUCACAGUCAUAGUCAUGAUGGCGACAGCGUCGACUAUCGGGAGUUGAGUGACGAGAGAUCACCCAUCAAUGGUGAGGAACCAGCAAAGAAGAAACAAAAGCGCAACAAACCGACCUUGUCAUGCCAUGAAUGUGUUGAGCGAAAGACAAAGUGUGAUCGUGGUCGACCACACUGUCUUGCCUGCAUCAAAAGACAGACCGAAUGUCGAUACGCGCAUGUUGCAAAUCUCUUGGAGGAAACGUCAAGAUCGGCAGCUAAUGGACGUCGCAUGACUCGACCACCAAAGAAAAAGAAUGCCAACGAAGGCAUAGCAACAAUCCCUAACAUUGCCGACAGAGGCGCAAUCAACGACCAAGAAGGGUCUUCCCGAGGCGCUGCAGCUCUAUCCAUUGGCCUCUUAUCCCACGUGCCGUAUUCCGUAACAAAAGCUAGCAAUGUCUUUGGUAUCGGAUCGGAACACCCUUUCGCGAACUACUGGACUUGCGAUGGAGGGUUACCCGAAGUCGUCUCCGUUCUCCCUGACAAAAUUCAAGCGGACAUUCUGGUUGCCCGAUAUUUUGAGUGCGUUGAUGCGGUGUAUCCCAUGAUACAUCGCCAAACAUUUUACGCCGACUACGAACAUUUUUGGCGCAUGGGCACCGAAGAGAGGAACAAAAUGGACCCUGCUUUUGUUGCCCUGAUCUUUGUUAUCUUGGCCCUCAGUACCCAAUUUGUUACCGCAACCACGCCGAAGGAGCGCAAACAGACUGCCGAAUUUUACGCCUCCGCAUCCAACCAAGCUCUCCGGAUGUCCUCGUAUCUAAGCUCUGCAUCACUUCGAUCGAUACAGGCCAUGGUGCUCAUGACUUAUUUCCUCAUUAACGAUAACCACGCGUCGGACGGCUGGGCGUUCGCCGGUAUCCUAAUCAGACAAGCAUACGCCAUGGGUCUGCAUCGUGAUCCAAAUAUCGUAACGCCGAAUGCCAAUCCAUUUGAAAAGCAACAGCGGCGAAAAGUUUGGCAAGCUGUUCUACUCCAGGAUACGUUCCUGACUGUUCUAUUGUCACUACCGCCUUCUGCCACCCAUACAGACGUUUCAGUUGAUGACUUGUUGGACGACAGUUCAUCAAUCGCGAGCAGUGACCCGACGGACACAGCCUACAUCAGGGGAUCUUGGAUGUUGGCAAAUCUGGUUCAGGAGACCAUUUGCUCACCCCGGUCGCUGGAUGUCCCCAUUUGCACAACAGUCCGGCAUAAGUCGAAACUGGUGGCGGAUUUUCGGGCAGUGUAUCGGUCAUUUCCCGACGUGUUUCGAUCCUGGGAUACGGAUAGCUUGACAGCGGUGGCGAGCACGAACAAGCGGAUUGUGCGGCAAACCUUAUUCUUGACGAGCAAUUAUUUCCACAAUCUUAUGCUGGUGCUUGCGUCAGAAAGCCCCGAUGUGCCGGUCAACGUCCGUGGAACUUUGGAGGCAGCGCACGAUGCAAUUAGCGCAUUUUUCUUGAUGUUUACUCUUUUGGAGUCAGAGGCCCGAGUAUGGUGGGUCUUUAAUCACCGGGCUUUCUUGGAAGCGCUGUGCAUUGCCAAUGUGCUACGAGAAACAGCAAAGGAAGCGGCGGGCAAGGACAUGCUGGCCCGAGACCCCCUUUUCGUGAGGGCCAGGGCUGACAUCACGCGAAUGAUCCAGAUCAUGGAACUCAUUGGCUCGGACAGCGACGUUGCCCGGACUCGAGUGCAAAUUUUGAGCGAGUUUUUGGACGACACAGGCUCCGAAUAG